GACUGUAAAGUUACCAUUAUUCCUAGGUAAAUAGCAAGUCGCUAUGUUAUUGGUUAUACGAAAUAGCAGAUGAAUAAGGAGCCAAUCAUGUUGUGACCCAAACCAACCUGUUCCUGCGUCAUUGGCGUCAACGUUGAAAGAGUCUUGAGUCGAUACCCAACGUCGGCACCACCAUGACCGCAAAGUUUAUAAAUGGUGCGGCGCGGCAGAUAAUAACGCAGAGUCCAUGCCACGUAAGUGACAACAAGCGAAGACCAUGAUCCAUUCUCUCCUGCGUCCUGCCAAUAGGGACGCUUUUAACGAGCAUCGCUGCGCAUGAGACCCAGUGGAAACAGCGUCAUUCUAUUCGCCCCUCGGCAUCGUAGGAACCAUCGCCGUUGCGGAAAAUGCCUUAUACACAGCCCAAGCCCUAUAUCCAUACUGCGGGAAGAAUACAAGUCAAAAACGCUCGGCCCAACGCUAUGGAAGAACGCCACGAUAGCGCUGCCGACUCCGGCAGCACCCUAUCCUUCUACGCUACUUCUGGACAGAGCCCACAAGCCACCACUCACCCUCAAAUAUGGAUGUUGCGCAGAGAUCCAGAGCUCGGAAGUGAUCGCUUCUCUAAGCGGGAAUCUGUUGUGAUCCGGGACAGCGUCGCAUACCCCUCCGAAUCUAGCUUCGAAGACACAAUCAUCAAGGGCACGGCGCAGACGGGUCAGCGGAACCCAAGCAAGCCGCGGCUGAUCGACCUCGAUCGUAUACGGCGUAAGAUGCGGAGCGCAACAACGCGGCGCGGGUCGCAGCGGAGCACCGCGACAGACACAUCCACCUUGUCGCUAGGGUGUUGGCUUUCCGAUAUGCGCCCACCGGAGCAAAUUAUGCUUAGCCCCAUAACCAGCCAGCGAGCUGUAACGGAGAUGUAUCACGCAAGCCAGAGCGAUAUCAUGCUGCACUCUAGAGCUCGAGCCUCUUCCCUACGGGAGGAACAGGAAACGACGUUGCGAUUUCAAAAUGGAGCACGAGGCGGGCAAUCUAGCGAGACUGUUGGGAACACUCCCUACGAGAGCGAGCUAUCAGGUUACACUCUGACACAAAAUAGUCCCCAGCCCAAACAUAGUUUCAUACGCGCGCUGUGUUGUGUGCUAUAUUGAUUCGGAAUACUAGAGGCCCUAGCUAGGUUGGUGGCAUUGGAGCCGGCGAGCUCCGGAGUGUAAAUACAUAUACAUAUGCAAAUCGAGAGGAUGGUGUAGGUGUAGGCGUUACGAGGCGCUUUCUUUUGAAAAGUUUGUCAACGGGCUAGAGUUAUUUG